GCGGCGGCGACGGCGGCGGCGGCCGAGGCAGUGGAGGCCGAGGCUAUGAUGGCGGCGACCGCAGCGGCUCGGCUUCAGGCGGGGACGCGGCAGGCCCCAGCGCUCUGGCAGAUGCGGUGGCUACUGCUGGUGCUGGUGGCGCUGGCGGAGGCGGAGCAGCAGGUGCCGCUGGUGCUUUGGUCGAGUGACCGGGACUUGUGGGGUCCUGCAGCCAACACCCACGAGGGCCACAUCACCAGCGACAUGCAGCUCUCCACCUACUUAGACCCCGCCCUGGAGCUGGGCCCCCGGAACGUGCUGCUGUUCCUGCAGGACAAGCUGAGCAUCGAGGACUUCACGGCAUACGGCGGCGUGUUUGGGAACAAGCAGGAUAGCGCCUUUUCUAACCUGGAGAAUGCCCUGGACCUGGCUCCUUCCUCGCUGGUGCUUCCUGCUGUUGACUGGUAUGCGGUCAGCACUCUGACCACUUACCUGCAGGAGAAGCUCGGGGCCAGCCCCCUGCAUGUGGACCUGGCCACCCUGCGGGAACUGAAACUCAAUGCCAGCCUGCCGGCCUUGCUGCUCAUCCGCCUGCCCUACACAGCCAGCUCUGGUCUGAUGGCGCCAAGGGAGGUCCUCACGGGCAAUGAUGAGGUCAUCGGGCAGGUGCUCAGCACACUCAGAUCCGAAGAUGUCCCGUAUACCGCAGCCCUCACGGCGGUCCGUCCUUCCCGGGUGGCCCGUGAUGUAGCCAUGGUGGCCGGGGGGCUAGGUCGCCAGCUGUUGCAAAAACAAACAGUGUCAGCUGUGGUCCAUCCCCCUGUGAGUUACAAUGACACUGCCCCCCGGAUCCUGUUCUGGGCCCAGAACUUCUCGGUGGCGUAUAUGGAGCACUGGGAGGACCUGACCUCCCUCACCUUUGGGGUCCAGGAUCUCAACCUAACUGGCUCCUUCUGGAAUGACUCCGUUGCCAGGCUUUCGCUGACCUACAACCAACUCUUUGGUACCACGGUGACAUUCAGGUUCAUUCUGGCCAACCGCUUCUACCCGGUGUCUGCCCGCCACUGGUUUACCAUGGAGCGCCUUGAAAUCCACAGCAAUGGCUCUGUCGCCUACUUCAACGCCUCCCGGGUCACGGGGCCUAGCAUCUACUCCUUUCACUGCGAGUACGUGGGCAGUCUCGGCAAGAACAGCGACCUCCUCGUGCCCCGCACGCGGCCCUCUAACUGGCAGAUGAGCCUGCAGCACUUCCAGAUCCAGGCCUUCAACGUGACAGGCGAGCAGUUCUCCUACGCCAGUGACUGCGCCGGCUUCUUCUCCCCGGGCAUCUGGAUGGGGCUGCUCACUUCCCUGUUCAUGCUGUUCAUCUUCACCUACGGCUUACACAUGAUCCUCAGCCUCAAGACCAUGGACCGCUUUGACGACCACAAGGGCCCCACCAUCUCUUUGACCCAGAUUGUGUGACCCUGUGCCCGUGGGGGUUGCGGGUGUGAUGGUGUCCAGGGUGUCACUUUCCCACCUUGAGGCACGCUGGACCGAAGGGCUCCCCCUCUUCAUAGCAUGAACCCCCCCCCCCAGUUCCCCUCGGCCUGUCUUGUUACCCCUUCAACACGCUGAGGGGCUCCCCCCACAAUCUACCAGCAAGGUGUACAUAGUUCUUCGUAGAUAGUAGACCAAUCUCCCAGGUCCAGUCAUUGUAGGGGAGAGGACGUGAGUUCUGGGACCACUCCUCCCUGUAUUUAUUCUCAUCUUUCCACCUUCACCCCUUGCUGUUUAUAGUGCUUUUGUGUAUCAAAUGCUCCUUCCCCAGGCUUUACAGGGCUCCCUGCAGCAGCUAGAAGCUGGAGGUUCCCUGAGUUUGGGGCGGUGUGGAAGUACUAUUUAAUUGUCCUGCUUGGCUGGUGUCAUUGUCUUUUGGUGAUGUGCUAAUGAUAAGCAGUACACUGGGGCUUGUUUCUGUGGCCUGAUAAGGAAGGGACCUCCACAACACCUGGGUUGGGUGUGAUCAUUGGUUUUCUGGCAUGUACCAGCCAGGAGUGCCUGGCAGGAGCCUGGGGUUCUCGGUGGUUUCCUUCCUAAUAAAAUAAAGACAGGUUGCCAUGCUUA